AUUCCAUUGACGGAAACCAUAGGAUGAGGCUUCAUAGAAUACCGUUUUUCAUCUUUCUUUCUCCUUAGUUAUAGACAAUGAUCUGUAAAGCUUCUUCUGAUUUUUCAAUGCUAAAUGAUACUUCAAAACCUGAUAUUUAAAGUAGUGCAAAAAUGGAGAUGAAAGAUGGAGACUAUUAUUGUAGAUUGUGCAGGAAAUAUCUUUUUCUUGCUCUGCUUCUUAUUUUGACAAUCUUGUUACUUUUGGAUCGGGAAAAUUAUCCUUCUCUGUUUACUCAUCUAUCAUCCCAUGAUGUGUCUGCAAUUCCUCCUUCUGAACCUAGAGUGCAAAAUGAAGAUGGAAAAUUUCAGUCCCUUGUAAAUGAAGAAACGAGAGAACCAAUAGAAGAAGUUCCGAAAGAUGACAACGAUGAGAAUGGAACAUCUAUAACUGAAACAAAAGUAUGCAAUUAUGCAAAGGGUAGAUGGGUUGCAGACAGCGGCUACCCUUUGUAUUCAGCUGGAUGCAAGUAUAUACAAAGAAAUUGGGCUUGCAGAUUGACAAACCGAACAGAUUUCUCUUAUGAGGGUUAUCGGUGGCAGCCAAGAGAUUGUAGCAUGCCAAAGUUUGAUCCCUCUGCAUUCUUGGCAAGGAUGCGGGACAAAACAAUAGCUUUUAUAGGAGAUUCAUUGAGCAGGGAACAAUUUCAGUCUCUGAUGUGUAUGCUGACCGGAGGGAAAGAUAGUCCAGAUGUUGAAGACGUUGCAAGCAAAUAUGAUUUUCUUUUGUUUCUACAUAGAGGAGCAGUCCAUCAUCAUGGUUGGGCUUACCGCUUUCAGAGCACCAACACCACCAUCAUUCUUGGUCAGCCAGACUCUGCGCCCGGCCGGGAGCCUAUAAAUGCUACUGAUCCAAACACACUUUACGCCAUGCAUUUGGACCGUCAGCCAGCAUUCAUACAAGAUCACAUCAAUGACCUCGAUGUGUUAGUCCUCAACACAGCUCGCCACUGGUCCUUAAGAAUGGUUAACAUGGACAAAGAGAUUAUGUACUUGAACGGAAAGCCUCUUAAAGAUAAAAACCUUAGGAAAAUCGAGAGUGCAAAGAUUUUUAAAGUGAAUAACAUUGUCAAAUGGCUUCAUUCACAGAUUAUUUUACACGUCCAAAGCUGAGAGUUUUCUUUAGGAGCACAUCACCUAGACAUUAUUUUAAGGGAGAUUGGAACACCGGGGAAGCUGUUGUUGUUCCUCGUAAAAUAAAUAGAAGAAAAAAUAGACAGAAGAUUUGCAA